CCAAAAUCAAAACACAAGAGCAAAAUCACUUAGAUAAACCUGUUUGUCAAAAUGAAGGUUGUAUUUGUAUCAGUUUUCCUUUUCCUGGCUGUGUCAGUCUUGACAACUGAUGGCAAAGAGUCAUCAAAAGGCUUAACCUGUGAGCAGGAAGUAGCCUUAGUGCAGCCAUGCGUGGAUUAUCUAACAAAGAAAACUGAGGCCCCUUCAACUUCUUGCUGCGAUGGGUUGAAAAAAAUCAUAUCUUCAUCACCUACAAAGAAAGAAAAACAAGCUGCAUGUAAGUGCCUUAAGAAAGCAGCCUCUGAAAUUCCUAACCUAUGCAAAGAAAGAGCCAACAAUCUUUGCAAAGAGUGCAAAAUCAAGGUCGAUAAUUUCAUACCCAAUGAUUUGGAUUGCGAAAAGAUUGUUUAAGCUGAAGGCGAUGCUAAAAGCAGUGGAUUAUGCUUUAUGGAAUUUGUUAUUUCUGUAAACAAAAUAAGAUUGUUUGUUGAACUUAUGUCCAUGAACAUUUAUGUUGGAAAUUAUCAUUAAUAAAUAUACUUUAUACAUGUUUUUGGUAUA